CGUCUUUCUUCGUUACGCCUGUUCAUCAUCUCUCCUCCUCUACCAUCAAAGCUCAAAGGCAGUUCUCUCUCUGAUCCUGAUUCGAACUCAGGUUUCGACAUAAAUCACAACAAGACAACAACUAGACAAGAAGAAUGGCUAAUAAUUAUUAACUGGACCGAUGAAGAAGUUCGGUAUUUUUUUACUCUUUAUGUCGAUGAGAAAAGAAAAGGGAACAGACCAAGGAGUGGCAUGAAUCUAGUUGGAAGGGAGUUCAUCAUAAAGAAGUUUGAAGAGAAAUUUAGUAAGAGAUGGAUAUGGGACAGGUUCAAGAACAAGGUUGAUAUCAGUAGGAAAGCAUACGUCAAGUUUAAGAAACUCACUCAUAACAGAACCGGGCUUGUCUAUGAUGCUAUGGGAAGGUUGGAGAUGUCCGAUGCUUGGUGGGAUCAACGCAUUGCGGAAUGGCAAGGUGCAAGAAAGUACAAGACCAAAGUGCCUCCAAACAUGGAUGUUUUUGAAGCAGAGUUUGGUGCUGUUACUGUGACUGGAGCAGAAGGAUGGAGUGCUCAGCAAGGAGAAGCUAGUUUAGAUUCUAGAGUAGAUGCAGAAAAGGAUGAGGAAUCUGAUUCAGUUGAAACUGAUAUGCCAGCACCAAGAGAAGAAACAAGUAGAGCUGGAUGUUCAAAGUCAAAGAGAAAACGUAAAGAAGUUGAUCAUGAGCCUUAUGCUGUUCGAAAUGCAAUUCUGGCAGAAAAAAAUAAGAUAGCUGAAAAGAUGCUAGAUAAAGUGGUCACCAUUUCACAUUGCUGCUGCCGGAAAAUGGAUUUACCAGCACUCCCGCAGAGGAUGUAUACAUUAGGGGAAGAGCCCCCUGCUCUGAAGAGCAUUUCUUAUCACACUGAUGACUUGAAGCUAUUUACUGCACUAAGGCGAGCUCUAAACGCUGACGAAUAUGAGGAGCUGAAGGAGUCGAAGUUGGUAGUGUUCAUCAAGUUCAAGGAGCUGAAUUUUGGUUAG